AUGGCCAGCAUACAAAUUGAUGCAAAGCGGUUCCACAAACGGGCCAGAUUCUUGAUCUCGCAAUGGAAGAGUCCUACGAAUUCAGAACUAUUCCAAGACACCGAUGCUAUUCUUUUGCUCGUCGGUGAUGAAGAUUACGAGAAUCCUUACCGAAAAUCUGUCACUGCGCAGACAUGGCUUCUUGGAUUCCCAAUCUUCCAGUCUUUGAUCCUCCUUACUCCUGAAAAGAUCACAUUUGUGUGCAGCAUGAAGAAGGGUGAUGUGAUUGAGACUAUCAAACAGGGCGAUAAACAGGUUCCUGUUGAUAUAAUUCGCCGCGGAAAGAACACUGAAGAAAACGUUCAAUUGUAUAUUCCAUUGAUCGAAGAACUGAGUGGGAAACGUGUGGGUGUUAUUGCCAAAGACAAAUUUACCGGAAAGAAUGUGGAUGAAUGGACAAAGGCUCUCAAGCAAUCAGGAAAGAAGUUUGAUGAGGUUGAUGUUGGUACUGCAAUCUCAGCAUGCUUGGCAGUCAAAGAUGAAGAAGAAGUGAGAACUAUGCGUACUGCAGCCAAGCUUAGUUCCAAUGUGAUGAAGUAUUACUUCAUGGACGAAAUGGCUACCAUUGUAGACGAGGAAAAGUCUGUAACACACGAGAAACUCUCGGCUCAAACUGAAGAUGUAUUGGAGAAUCCCAAAAUGGCAAAGGUGCUUCGUAUGCCCUCUGAAGUUGACAACAAAGACGACCUCGACUGGUGUUACAGCCCCAUCAUUCAGAGUGGUGGUGUGUAUGAUUUGAAGUCUUCUGCUGCAUCGAAUUCUGACACACUUCAUCCUGGUGUUAUCAUUUGCUCACUCGCUGUUCGCUACAAAUUCUAUUGCUCCAACAUUGGACGAACCUUUUUGAUCGAUCCCAGCAAAACACAAGAAAAGAAUUACGAAUUUUUAGUUGAUCUUCAAAGUCGCGUAAUGGAUACUAUCAGAGAUGGCGUCAAAAUCAAAGAUGUCUAUUUGAAGGCUUUGAGUCACAUCAAGGCAAAGCGCCCUGAUCUCGAAAAACAUUUUACAAAGAACGUUGGUUUUGGUAUGGGAAUCGAAUUCCGUGAGGCAAGCUAUGUUUUGACAGGAAAGAAUGUCCGAGAGCUUAAGAACGGCAUGGUGCUCAACUUCUCCAUGGGUUUCUCUGAUCUCGAAAAUCCAAAGCCCACAGAUGAACGUAGCAAGAAAUACUCUCUUCUUAUCAUCGAUACAAUCCGAGUCACAAACGAUGCACCUGUUGUAUUGACAGACUGCAGUAAGCGUUUGAACGAGGUGUCAUACUUCUUCAAAGAUGAGGGUGGAGAUGGAGACGAAACAGAAAGCGCUCAGAACCCCAAGUCUUCAAAGAAGGACUCCGUAUCGAAGACAGCUAUCUUGAGAAGCAAGUUCAGAAGUGAAGAGCAAGAAGAAGAGUCUCGUGAACAAAAGAGAAAAGAGCAUCAGAAGCAGCUCUUUGCCCAAAAGUUAGCUGAUGGUCUUGCCAAAUUCUCUGAAACCGCCGAGAAUGAUAAUGAUGAAAACAAAGCGGCAUUUAAGAAGUUCGAGAGUUAUCGAUCUGAAUCUAAGCUUCCCCGUGAAGUCAAGGAUUUGAGAAUUGUUGUCGAUAAGAGAAGUGAAUCAAUUAUCCUUCCUAUUUAUGGCAUGGCUGUUCCAUUCCAUAUCUCUACACUGAAAAAUGCAAGCAAGAGCGACGAAGGAGACUACGUGAUGCUCCGUCUCAAUUUCUUGACUCCAGGUCAGGCUGGUAGCAAGAAAGAAGAUAUGCCAUUUGAUGAUGUGAACGCCACAUUUGUACGUGCACUGACAUUCAGAAGUGCAAAUACUGGACGUAUGGCCGAAAUCUUCCGUAGUAUCACAGACCUUAAAAAAGACGCUUCAAAGAAAGAAGCCGAAAGAAAGGAGAUGGCCGAUGUUGUAGAGCAGGAUAAUUUGAUUCAGGUCAAGGGUAGACGACCCCUUAGACUACCCGAUGUCCAUGUCCGACCUUCAGUAGAAGCCAAGCGACUACCCGGUGAAUUAGAAAUUCAUACAAACGGUCUUCGAUACCAGUCUAUUCGAUCCGAUAAUUCAUUCAAUGUUUUGUUUAGCAACGUAAAGCAUUUGUUCUUCCAGCCUUGCGAUAACGAACUAUUGGUCUUAAUCCACAUCCACUUCAAGAACCCAGUAUUGAUCGGAAAGAAAAAGACAAAGGAUAUCCAAUUUUAUCGCGAAGCAUCAGACAUGCAAUUCGAUGAAACUGGCAACAAGAGAAGAAGACAAAUGUAUGGUGAUGAAGAUGAAUUGGAAGCAGAGCAAGAAGAAAGAAGAAGAAGAGCAAACUUGAACCGCGAAUUCAAGACAUUCACAGAAAAGAUCGCAGAAGCAAGUGAUUCUCGUAUCGAAGUCGAUAUUCCAUUCCGAGAACUUGGCUUCCAGGGUGUGCCAUUCCGUUCAAACGUACUCUUACAACCUACCACAGACUGUUUGGUCCAUUUAUCCGAUCCUCCUUAUUUAAUUAUUACAUUAAGUGAUAUUGAGAUUGCUCAUUUGGAACGUGUUCAGUUUGGUCUCAAGCACUUUGAUAUGGUCUUUGUAUUCAAAGACUUCCAUCGUACACCCAUCCAUAUCAAUACCAUCCCUAUAUCACAACUAGACAAUGUGAAAGACUGGCUUGAUUCUGUAGAAGUUGCAUUUACGGAAGGAGCUGUCAACCUUAACUGGACUAUGAUCAUGAAAACAGUGAAUGAAGAUCCAGCAGAGUUUUACAAGAAUGGCGGCUGGAACUUCUUGGGCCCUAAUAGUGAUGAUGAUGGCUCAGGUAAUGAUUCAGAUACCGCGAGUGAGUUCGAGAUUAGCUCUGAAGAGCUUGAUGAGAGCUCAAGUGAAGAUGAAAGUGGUUUUGGAUCGGAUGCUUCAGAAGAUUCAGAAGAAGAAGAAGAGUUGUCUGAUUCAGGCGACGAUUGGGACGAGUUAGAAGAGAAGGCAAGACAAGCUGAUGAGCGAAAACUUAAGAGAGCUGGAGAAUUCGAGGAAGUUCCUAGAAAGGCACCAAGACGCUAA